UAUCCUUCAGGACACUCCCCCCUCCUCAGAAAAAGUCUUUUCUUCAGACCUCGCUCAGUCAGUCAAAGGAUUUUAUUGUAGGCGCCCACUGCAAGCUCACGGACUGAGAGACCAUGACUGAGGAAACAGCCCCAGUAAGAGGCUCAGGGUCAGACAAAGGGACACCCGAAGAAGAGGUUCAGCCGAGGGGUAAAUGGGCCAAUAACAUGGAGUUCAUACUCUCCAUGGCUGGAGAAAUCAUUGGCCUUGGAAACGUCUGGCGUUUCCCCUAUCUGUGCUACAAGAACGGAGGAGGUGUUUUCUUCAUCCCCUACUUUGUGUUCCUCUUCUUUUGUGGCAUCCCUGUGUUCUUCCUGGAGACGGCGUUGGGCCAGUACACCAGCGAGGGCGGGGUCACCGCCUGGAGGAAGAUAUGCCCCAUGUUUCAGGGGGUGGGGAUCGCAUCCCAAGUGAUUGUGAUCUAUCUAAACAUCUACUACAUUGUGGUUCUGGCCUGGGCUAUCUUCUACCUGAUUAACGCCUUCAGAAGUCCCCUGCCCUGGACCUCAUGUGACAACUGGUGGAACUCUGAUUCAUGUCAUGGUCGCUUUGGUGGCUAUGCCAACCCCCAUUUGUAUGACCCUGACUCCAAUUGGUCAUUCCUACACAACAUCACCUCAUCUGAAUACGGUGAUAACUUCACUUUCUACAAUGUAACAGAACCAUUAUUGGUCAAGUCACCAGAAGAGGAGUUCUGGACUAACCGUGUGUUAAGAAUGACAGAUGACAUGAACUUUGGUAAGGUGAGCUGGGACCUUGCUCUGUGUCUUCUGGUUGCCUGGAUUAUAUGUUACUUCUGCAUCUGGAAGGGAAUCAAAACAACGGGAAAGGUGGUGUAUUUCACAGCUACAUUUCCCUACCUGAUGCUGCUCCUCCUCUUCUUCCGUGGAGUGACACUCCCAGGAGCUGCAGAUGGCCUGAAAUACUACCUCACCCCUGACUUCAGCAAGCUCGCUGACCCACAGGUAUGGAGUGAUGCAGGGACUCAGGUGUUCUUCUCCUACGCUGUGUGUCAGGGAGUGCUGACCGCUCUGGGAAGCUACAAUAAAUACAACAACAACUGCUACAGGGAUUGCAUAGCACUAUGCUGUCUGAACAGUGCCACCAGCAUCUUUGCUGGUUUCGCUGUGUUCUCGGUGCUGGGAUUCAUGGCGCACGACCUGGGCUUACCGCUGGAGGAGGUGGUUUCUAGUGGUCCUGGUCUGGCCUUCAUAGCCUAUCCUAGGGCUCUGUCUUUGUUGCCUGGCUCGUCUUUUUGGGCUGUGCUCUUCUUCCUCAUGGUCCUCUUCCUGGGCUUAGACAGUCAGUUUGUGUGUGUGGAGAGCCUGGCCACAGCCAUCACAGACCUGUUCCCACGUCACCUGAGGAGACCCGGAGGGAGAGAGAUACUGGUCCUGGUCAUUGCUGUCAUUUGUUUCCUACUGGGGCUGCCACUGGUCACUGAGGGAGGGAUACUCCUCUUUCACGUGAUUGACUACUAUGGUCCCAGUGGACAUACUCUCCUCAUCAUUGCCUGUUUCGAGUGUAUUGUCAUUGCUUGGGUGUAUGGUGCGGACCGUUUCUAUGACAACAUUGAGGACAUGCUCGGGUACCCGCCAUUCCCUGUGCUGAAGUACUGCUGGUUGUUCUUCACGCCGCUCCUCUGCAUGCUCACAAUGCUGUAUAACCUGACAAAAACACAUCAGUUUCUGGUGUAUGGUUAUGCACUCGGCAAGUGGUAUAACACACUGGGUGCUCUGCUUGUCGUCACUCCACUGAUAUGCAUCCCAGCAUUCAUUUUGGUCGCACUAUGGAAGAAUCCCCAAAACAUGACUGCACCGUCCAGCGACCUGCGUCAGGCUCGGCCACACAAGCCAGUGCUCACGCUGUGUAAGUGCGUCAUCUUCAAGGCGCAAGGGCCACCGAUCAGGAGCGAAGAAGAAAGAAACGAGAAGAUGAUGAUGGAGGAAGCCUGCAAGGUUUGAUGGAUACAGUUUUACACAGUUUUACACAUGUUUACACAUUUCAUGAGUCAGGGAGCUUUUUUUUUUUUUUUUUUAAAUUUUUUAAACGUUUUUUGUUGUUGUUAGAACAUUACUCUGUACCUUACAUUUUUAAUAAAGAAUAAAGAAAAUCCCAUAUAAUGCUAUAUAAUGUACAUACUCAUACACCUAUAAUCCAACAUAGUGUUAUCAGGUUAGAAAUGUACAAUGCAAAUGCAAAAUAAGUGAACCAGGACCAAAGAAAUUUUGCCUUUUCCAUUCCACACAUUUGUUUUCCUGCCUUCAGUGCACAGUUUGGUUGGAGAUUUGGUUGUCUAGUAAAGCCUAAUGUAGCUCUGAGCCACUAGCUCAGAGAGUUGCUGAAUUAUGUUGUUUUACACUACACAUUUCACUUCUUUUGUUACUGAGAUAAUUAUUGUGUUGAUGAAUGAUAUAUUUCCUUUGUAUACAACCAAAAUGAACUGAUUUUUGUUUGAGAAUGUCACAAUAUCUUCAUUAUGUUUCUAUGCCAUGUUCAGAUGGUGAUAAACUUUAUGAAUCCCAUUAAAACUAUCAUUAUGCUAAA